GGCCAGUGACGCGCCCUCGAGGCCCUGGGGAGAUCCACGCUCAUAUGAGUUCAUGGUCGUCGAUCAUGGCUCACUAUUAUUUAACUGCCCAAAUCUUUCUGCCUGCAUCUCAUCUGCUCCUCUUGUACUCUUCUCAUCCUUGCCUGCUAGUACAAGAAGCCGCAGCCAUCCUGACUCAAGCUCCAGCUUUGUCCACAUCAUAAUUUCACAUCAUCGUGUAUACCGAUCUUCUACACCCCACCCUCAACAGAUACACAACACUACCAUCAUGGGCGUCGGCAGCGUAGCACUACGCAUCUUCGGCAACGGGAUUCGUAUCCUCCAAUUCCUCGCCUCUGCUGUCAUCCUCGGUAUCUUCUCCUACUACCUUGCUGUGCUGAAAGACCACCACCUUCCUAUCGCCACAUGGAUUCGCGCCGUCGAGGGUAUGUCCGGUGCUGCCACCCUCUACGCCCUGCUAGGCUCGCUGUUUACCCUCUGUCUCGCCGGGAUCACCUUCUUCGGCUUUAUUGCCAUGGUUCUUGACUUCUGCUUCGUCGGCUGCAUGGUCGCCAUCGCCGUUUUGACGCGUGAUGGCACCCAAACCUGCUCUGGAAACGUGCACACGCCGCUCGGCAACGGCCCGACCGACUCACAGGCUACUGGGUAUGGCGACAAUGGAUUCGGGUUUGGAAGUGGUGAAACCGUCACCUAUCUGCCUAACUUGAGACUUGCCUGCCGCCUGGAGAAGACUGCCUUUGCUCUCUCAAUCAUUGCUGCAGGCCUCUUUGUCAUCUCCUUCUUCAUCCAAAUUCCCAUGGCCCGCAGCCACCGCCGUGAGAAGCGCUUCGGUCCUUCUCCCUCCAACGGAUAUACCUACGGAUCUACUCGCGGUCGCUUCUGGCGUCGCAACAAGAACAUCAACCAUGAUGCUACCGCCAAUACUCUCCCUGGCCACCCUACCCCCGGCGAGGUUGAGAACGGCUACAAGCCUGAGCUCUAAAUACUCGAGUUUAAACACUGAUUCCAGAUAGGUGAACUCGAGCAGUUGCGAGACUGUAUAAAAGCGCCAAUUGAUUAUCGUCUGAUUUUGGUGAAGAAUUGAUGAAUGAAUGAAUGACUCGAUUGAGAGACUAUGAACACUCGUUGUACCAGGAAUUCGUGCGAACUAAUAAUUGUUGUGUGAUACCAAUUGCUGAUUGUGAAGAUUGAUCUUUGUAUGGUGGAGGAUAUACCGAAGAUGUGAUUGAUAGGAUGUAUUUUUACGAGAAUCAAUAUUUAGAUUACUAAUAUUUAAUGCAACCUUAUACAAAUAUUC